GUCUGUACGUAGGUGACCGUGAACCGUAUGAGUUGUUGAUCCUAGGUUGUAGCUGUUACAACCCGAGUCGAUGUCCUAUCAAAGCCACUCAACGAAAGACUUCGAUCAUCGCUUCAACGCCACCCUUGCUGCCAUAGUCACGAAUAAAACCGCAACUGCACAGCUUGAGGUCCGAAUCGGAUAUUUUGGGCUUUGUGUCAGCAAAGACCCUUCGGCAAAGAGAGUGUGUGCCGAGGGAAGAGGUGCGUUUCGUGACCGCAUCGGAACUGCAGAGGACCCAUUGAGUCUGCUUGGUAUAAUGGAUCACUUCAAGAACGAUGUGCUAUUUCCGGGCUUGAUUCUUACAUCCCUACCAUCUUCCAUCAUCACGUUUUGCGGUUUAGCGAGAGUCCAUUCCCAUUGGGAUGAUAAUCCCUUGCAAAGUUCCGAGCAUCGACCUCGGAUCGAUCAAUCCUGGAUCUAUCGGAUUUCCGUGUGGCUCCUGCUGGUCUCCGUAAUAGUAUCAUCACUAUGUUUCGCUUAUGGCGGCGUUGUGGCAGCAUACGGUAGCAGCAGUGCCUAGCACAGCUGAUAUUGUGCAAUUCAUUACAUUCGAUACUGUGGAGGUGGAGGUUGGAUAUAUCGCCGUCAUCCUGGCUUGGCUGAGCUGUGCCAUUUCUACAUGUGUAGCUCAUUGCGUGUUAAGGAGAUGGAUGUAUAUCCACCUUCGAGACCUUGGAGUCGUAGACGAUGAUUAAGUUUAUUACGGAGGAGCGUUGUAGAUGUAUUAGGAGCACGUCACCUCUGUAUCCUUACCUUCUACAUUGAGGAUAGAGGUGAAACAAUGCAUUGAACGAGGUAAGUGAUGUAUUGGAUGAGCAUCUAUCUAGGCUACGUACGCCGUAUAUAUACUCUGUGUGUGUGGAGGCUUACGUAGCCGUACCGUAGAA